GGGGCUGAACCACUCUUAAACCAAGACUCAAGCCACGGGGAUUUAGACAAGCACAAGUUCAAGAAGCCCAGAACCUUUGAGGCCGGCUUCAAGAACAUGACCAAGUGAAGAACCGCCGGAGCAUAUUGCUGUUUUUCUUUUUUUCCUCCCACCCUCAUUUAUUCCUCUUUUGCAACACAUGGCAAAGAUUUUCUUCAGAGAAACCCAAAGAAGACAAACUUCUGUGGAGCGCCCGCUGAGGAGCAAACCCAACUGAGGAGGCUUUUUCUUCAGGGGGAAUUAAACAGAUUCUUCUUCUUCUUCUUCACGUUUAAAGAAUGAGAUCUCAAUGAGAAAACCAUUUGGAAUAUGGGACUUUUAAUAUUUGCUUUGGACCAUGGGGACAGGCAACUUUGUUUUUGUGCUCAGCUCUGGGUCAUUUUGAUAACCCUUGCGGGUAAAAUCUUUCCAACCAGCUCGGAUGCCCUCCUCAGCUCCUCGGCGAUGACAGCCAGCCAACCACCACCCAACGUGUACCUUCCCGCCAACUUCAAAAUGUCCAACGCACAACUGGCCUUCUUUUUACGAGAGGUCCAGAUCACAGGACAAACCGUUGGCGUUGGCGGCGGCGGCGGCAGUAGGAGCAGCAGUAGCCCCAGCGCUGGACACCCGCUGCAGCGAGCUGAGAGUUUUGUGGUUUUCCAGACAAAAGACCUCCCUGCCAUCAACAUAAGCUUUGGGCCUUUCGCCAGAGACCAGGCUCUCUCCAAGGAGUUGCUCCAGCCAGCUAGUCCUCUGGAUAUUCCCGGGCAGCUGACAGUCAACUGGAAGGUGCGAGCCUUCAUUGUUCAGGCCCGCGUCUUCUCCAACAACCCCACAGUCCAGGUGUUCUUCUACAUCGCGGGCCGAGACUGGGAUGACUUCAAGGCUCAGGACAAGAUGCCCUGCGUCCGUCUGCACGCCUUCCGGGAUGUCCGUGAAAUUAAAACCUCCUGCCGCAUGAAAGGCAACCUGGCACAGUGCUUGGCACAGCUGGAUCUGCCUCCGUCCUGGUUUAACACCAACGUGGCCCCGCUGGGCAGGAGGAAAGGCUCUGGUGACGGGCUCUUGGACGGGCUCACCAGUGAGACCCUCCAGGCUGAGCUGUACUACACUCUCCAUGAGCCCAAUGUGGAAGGGGAGUGCAGUGAGGGCUCAGGUCACAGGGGUGGUGGGACUUCCAGGGGAGAACCUCUGUCACAGCACCCCCUGCUGCGCAUUGGGAGCAUCAGCCUGUACCAGGCCAGUCAGGAGCAGCUGCUGGUGGACAAGCAGUUGGACAAGAACAUGUUCCUCAGGCUGCCCGAGAAGCCCCUGAAACCUGGGGAGACCCUCACGAUCUUCCUCUACUUGAUGCCCAACUCCACUGUGGAGCAGUUCAGCCUCAAGUAA